GAAGAAUUCUAGUGUAGUAGUGUCGUUUGUAAGCAGUCCUUUCCUGAAAGUUUGUAACUCUUAACGACACGACCUGUCCCUGCCUAUCUCACCGCUUCUUUGCUUUGCUUGCCUGCCUUCCCUUCCUUUUAUUCUCAGAUUCUCUAUACUCUCAUCUUUGCUUAAUUAUUGGUGUUAUCAUCAUUGAAAUUGAAACAUUCUCUCUUUGUCUCUGCCUAUCGUCACUGCUGCGACCUGCAACUCCUAAUUACAGGUGACGGUUUCUUGCACACCGCAUAUGCAUGCGGUUUUCUAGUUUUUGAUUGUGUAAAAGUGAAUCAGUUAUGCACAAGGAUAAUAACAACACCGGUGCACCAUCAACGCCUAUUGCUAGGCUCCGGCAUCGCAAGCGUUCCAGUGAGGCUGUUGGAGACGCUAGUAAAGAAAAUGGUGGCCGUUUACUUGUUAAUGAUCAGAACAAAUACAAGUCAAUGUGGAUCCGUGCUCAAUCCACAAUUUGGAUGAUUGGGAGCUUUGCGUUUGUUGUCUAUAUGGGACAUCUCUAUAUCACUGCCAUGGUGGUUGUCAUCCAAAUCUAUAUGGCAAAAGAGCUCUUCAAUUUACUUAGGAAAGCAAAUGAAGAAAGGCAACUUCCAGGAUUUAGACUAUUAAAUUGGCACUUCUUCUUCACUGCUAUGCUAUUUGUGUAUGGUCGCAUACUCAAUCAACGUCUUUACAACACUGUAACCUCAGGGAAAUUCUUGUAUCAGCUAGUGAUCAGCCUAAUCAAGUAUCACAUGGCUAUCUGCUAUUCCUUGUACAUUGCAGGUUUUAUGUGGUUCAUUCUUACACUGAAGAAGAAGAUGUACAAGUAUCAAUUCGGCCAGUAUGCUUGGACACAUAUGAUUCUAAUUGUGGUGUUUACACAGUCAUCUUUCACUGUAGCCAAUAUUUUUGAAGGAAUUUUCUGGUUUCUUCUUCCAGCAACCCUUAUUGUCAUCAAUGACAUUUUUGCUUAUAUAUGUGGUUUCUUCUUUGGAAAAACCCCUCUGAUCAAGUUAUCUCCAAAGAAAACUUGGGAGGGAUUCAUUGGAGCAUCUAUCACAACUAUGAUCUCUGCAUUUGUGCUUGCAAACAUCAUGGGGCGUUUUCAGUGGCAAACAUGUCCAAGGAAGGAUUUAUCAACUGGUUGGCUGCAAUGUGAUCCUGGGCCUUUGUUUAAGCCAGAGUAUUUCACUCUACCUGGAUGGAUUCCUCAAUGGUUCCCCUGGAAGGAGAUCUCCAUUCUACCUGUUCAAUGGCACGCACUAUGUCUUGGUUUGUUUGCAUCAAUAAUAGCACCUUUCGGAGGCUUUUUUGCAAGUGGCUUUAAAAGAGCUUUUAAAGUAAAGGAUUUUGGCGAUAGUAUUCCUGGUCAUGGAGGGAUUACAGAUAGAAUGGAUUGCCAGAUGGUGAUGGCCGUGUUUGCAUACAUCUAUCAUCAAUCAUUUGUUGUGCCUCAAAGCGUCUCUGUUGAUAUGCUCAUGGAACAGAUACUGAGAAGCCUCCCAUACGAGGAGCAGUAUACUCUGUACACGAGGCUUGGGGAAUUGAUCCAAGGAAGGCCGACUUGACAUCCUUAGAUUUGCAUAGUCUGCAUCCAUAGCAUGCUUUAACUCCUGCCAGCAUGUUUCGUACAAGGUGACCUUGCACUGAAAGGAAGAAAUGUUUGUACAUGGUGUCAUCUUUCCUAUUUCCGGUGGACACAUUCUUUAGGACAUGCACUCUGUAUAGUUUUAGCAGAUUAUUAUGCAGUAACACUUAGGGAUGGCAACGGAUAUUAACGGGUCGAGUUUUCACUGUAUUCAUACUCUAUUCAUUACUUAUCGGGUAAGAAUUUUAGAUAUUUAAUACCUGAUAGGGUAUCUUUUUUGGGUAUUCA